AUGCCUGAUGUAUACAAUGUGAUUUUUCCCACGCGUGCAAAAUUUCUAUUGAGUCGCUUGGUCAGUGUUUUCGAAUUCCCAACAACGGGGGCGAGAUGGACCAAGUGGUUAGAGUGCGAAUUUACUUAUCAGAAGGUCCGUCGUUCGAACCCGACCUCUGCCUCUCGACUUCCACUGUCCAGGCUUGGGCAACCUGACAGUAUCCCAGGCCUCGUGUCUCCUUCGUGUGGCAUGGCAACUAGGCACCGAAAGGGUGCUACAGCUGAACGAUGUUUUUUAUUCCCAACAACCCAAAUUCAAAGUGCUAUUAGUGUAUCAAACCAUUUCACAAACUUUCCGCCGCUUGGGCAACCUGGCAGUAUCCCAGCCCUCGUUCCUACUUCGGGUGGCAUGACAGCCAGGCACCAGAAGGAUGUUACAGCAUCCUCCAUACAGUUCUUCCUUGCCCUCACAUAUGGCUUCAAGCCCAUUUUGUGGUGCAUCGACCGACAGAGUCGAGAGCACUCUUCAGAUCUGAAAGGGAAGGUGGUUCACACCUCUCACAUCAUCCAGUGGCAGACAACAACAAUACAAUCGUGCCUAGCUGCCAUGCUACCCGAAGGAAGCAUGAGAGCUGGGAUACUGCCAGGUUGCCCAGGCCUAGACAGGGGAAGUCGAGAAGCAGAGGUAGGGUUCGAACCAGUGGCAGUUUCUGUUCCGUCUGGUUUAGGUAGUGGACAGAUCAAAUUUAGGCCUUGUUCUCUAUCUAACUGA